UCGCACUAUUUUGCCGACACUCGUUUGCUAAACAAAGCGCUUUUAUUUUGCAGCAAACUCUUAAAAUGAGCGAGAUUAGGGGCGAGGACAACCUGGAGAGGUUGCGCAAUUACAUCCUGCGCCCGGAACUCUCCAUCCACGAUCCCCUGCCGGACGUACUGCCACGCAAAUUCGAUCCGAUGCGCCUGUUGCAUGUGCCCCGCGGUCCUGGGACUACUAAGUUAGUUCCUCGUCGCGACCAGAGCGGAAAGAUUCUGGAAUUCCUGGAGGUGGACUUGGAGGAUGUGGGGGCCAAUGCCAACAAUUCGAUGUCCAUGCAGCGCGAACCGGGUCUGCUAGAUGAGGCGACGCGUGGCUCGCACUCAAACUAUCCCUUCUGGCCAGGCGGGUUCGACGAGCAGCGGCAACAGAUCGCGGCACUGGAUGUGGAUAACUUUAUGAUCGGGGACAAGCUGCUCACAGUGCCACCGGGCUUUUCGUCCGGUCACAACUUCUCCCAAUCGGAGCCUGUGGCUCCGGCGCCUGUACUACCCGACGCCAGCAACGUGGAUUUGCUGGAGAAUCUGGAACAAGAUCUAGACGUGCAAGAGUGGAUGCAGCUGACGCGCCUUCCGGAAACGGGCUCUUCUGGAGUCGCUCAAGGUGCCGGAGAGGGAAACCUGCCCUUUCCCUCCGAGGAGUUCCAGGACGUCGAUGACCAGAUCAUGAAGGCAGACCUUAAGCCAGUGCUAAACAUUUCCACUGCCACGAAGACCUUCAAGAGCGACUGGGCCGAGAUGGUGGACAUCAGUCAUCCCAUCAACGAUUUUAAGGAGCAGAUACCCUGCCCGGCUAUGGAGUUUCCCUUCGAGCUGGACGUCUUUCAAAAGCAGGCAAUUCUCAAGCUCGAGCAGCGCCAGUAUGUGUUCGUGGCGGCCCAUACCUCGGCCGGUAAGACGGUGGUGGCCGAAUACGCCAUCGCGUUGUCAAAACGCGAUCUAACCCGCACCAUAUACACGUCCCCGAUCAAAGCUCUGUCCAAUCAGAAGUAUCGCGACUUCCGCAAGACUUUCAAAGACGUUGGACUGAUUACGGGGGAUCUGCAGAUCGAACCAACCGCCUCUUGCCUGAUUAUGACCACCGAGAUUCUGCGCUCCAUGCUGUACUGUGGGAGUGAAGUCACCAGGGACCUGGAAUACGUCAUCUUCGACGAGGUGCACUACAUCAAUAACCCGGAAAGAGGUCAUGUGUGGGAGGAGGUCAUCAUUCUACUGCCGGACCACGUAAACAUCAUAAUGCUCAGUGCCACAGUGCCUAACACCAUGGAGCUGGCCGACUGGGUUGGCAGCACCAAGAAGCGCAAGGUGUAUGUUAUUAGUACUCUAAAAAGGCCCGUUCCUCUGACUCACUUUCUUUACACGGGAGCCGGCGGCAAGAGCCGGGACGAUAUCUUCCUGCUUGUGGACGCUCAAGGAAAGUACCUGCAGGGUAACUACGAGAAGGCCGUGGAGCGUAAAAAGGAAAUGCAGGGCAAGGCGAAAGGCGGUGGUGGCGCUUCAAAGAACUACGUGAACGCCAAGCAGGAGCAGUACACCUGGAUCGGACUAAUUGAUUUUCUGCGGCGCAACAACAAGAUGCCAGUAGUGGCCUUUACCCUGUCCCGGAAUCGGUGCGACGCCAACGUUGCGGCCUUGCAGUCGGUGGAUCUCAACACGGAGAAGGAGAAGGGUUCAGUGCAAAAGUUCUUCCUGCAAUGCCUUGCGAAGCUAAAGCCUCCGGAUCGCACCAUUCCACAGGUGCUUGCCCUCAAGGACGCCCUAGAGCGGGGCAUCGGAGUGCACCACAGCGGCAUCCUGCCAAUACUCAAGGAGAUCGUGGAAAUGCUCUUCCAGAAUGGACUGGUGAAGUUGCUCUUUGCAACCGAGACAUUUGCAAUGGGCGUCAACAUGCCGGCUCGCACGGUUGUCUUCGAUUCGCACAAGAAGUUCGAUGGCGUCGAGGUGCGCAAUCUGAAACCCGGAGAGUACAUUCAGAUGGCUGGCAGGGCAGGCCGGCGAGGUCACGAUGAAACGGGCACGGUUAUUCUGCUGUGCAAGGCCAAUGUGCCGCCAUCGAUGGAGUUGCGACCUAUGAUCCUUGGCUUACCCGAGAAGCUGCAGUCACAGUUCAUUCUGCGCUAUGCAGUGAUCCUCACCUGCCUACGCAUCGAAAGCAUCAAAGUGGAGGACAUCAUGAAGUUUAGCUUCAAGGAGUUCAACCAAAAACUGCAGCUGCCCACGCAACAGAAGCAGCUCCGCCUGGCAGAGGACAAGUUUGCCAUGCUUCCGACCCUUGGCGAGCACCUGAAGCCGCUGAUUGAAUUCUAUGAUAAGGCUGUGGAGUACUGGAAGGAGAAGCAUCGUACCAUGAAAUUCGUUGUCACCCAAGCCAAGAUCCAGAAAGAGCUGAAAGUGGGCCGCGUCAUCGUAGUCACCCAGGGAAAGCACUACAACAAGCUGGCCAUCCUACUUAACACCAAGUCCGUUCCAGGCAAGGACACUGUAUACAAAGUACUAGUCCUAGACCACCAGUUCAAGGCAAAGGAUAAUGAUAAUUUGCAGCGAGGCGAGCUCUACUACAAAAUUAUCUCCCUCACUUCUAAUCAUAAGAUGUUCCAGCCGGAGGGAAUUGGGGGACACACUGUGUUGGACAUCAAGGCAAUUGAUAUUAUUAGCAUUACCAAGAACACAUUCAAGGUCGAUGCUGAUGUGAUCAUCCGGAACUGGGAGCAGCGGCAGUUAGAGCGCUUUAAGGACACACCGCCAGGUGGAACCGUGGUCAAGACUGUAACCGAACUGCACCAGCUCAACGAGAACUACAUUGCCAAUCCGGAUUCCGUCAAGUUUGUAAACCUGUCCAAGGAGAUCAAUGUGAACGCGGAUACGGAAGUGGCCGAACUUAACUAUGUAGAUCACCUGUUUCGGCAAGUGGGCGACUUGCUACCGCACACCAACAUAGCCGGCUUCGAGCAGGAGUUCGCCAAGGUCUAUGAGCGCCGCAUGCUGGAGAUUCACAUCGAGGAGCUGCGCUUCAAGAAUUCCGCAAAGAACCUCUCUCUCUAUCCUGACUACUGCAACAAGAUGGACGUGCUUCGAGCUCUCAAAUAUAUCGAUGAGCUGAACGAGGUGACACUCAAAGGCAAAGUGGCCUGCGAGAUGGGCCAAAACGAGCUUCUGAUCACAGAGCUCAUUCUGUGCAACAUGUUCAAUGAUCUCGAACCCGCUGAGAUUGCGGCCCUGCUCUCUGGCCUUGUCUUCCAGGCGAAAAUCCAGGGCGAGCCUGUUAUUCCGGAGCCGCUGAAGAAGUGUGUAGCAGCUUUUGAACAGAUCAACGACACAAUUCUGGCCGAGGAGCAGCGCUACCAUGCGGUCAUCGAGGCAGAGAAUAGGCUUAACUUCGGCCUGAUCGAGGUGGUCUACGAGUGGGCGAGAAACAAGCCCUUUGCUGAGAUUAUGAAACUGACCGAGGUGCAGGAGGGCAUUAUCGUGCGGUGCAUCCAGCAGCUGGACGAGACGCUGCGUGAUGUAAAAACGGCUGCCAUACGAAUUGGUAAUCCUGGACUGCAGUCUAAAAUGGAGGAGGCGUCUGCGGCCAUCAAACGCGAUAUUGUGUUCACCGCUUCUCUGUAUACGGAACUGUAAAUAGAGGAAGGCAACCCGUCAAGAGAGAAUAAACAAGGACGAAAUGUGAUUUCUUAGUCUAUACAUUA